AUGUCUAAAAUUUCUUUAAAGGCUUCCAACACACGGCUUUUGCUCCAUCGUACAAAUUUGUUGACGUCUAGAAAGAAAAUUUUGGAUACUUUCCAAAAAAAAUGGUUGAAGAAAGGUUCGAGGUUGAAGCCGUUUGGGUUUUGCUGUUCUCUCGAUCGUUUCGAUCCUCUCUCGCGAUACGAUCAACGAAUGCCGCCCUACAAGACUUCGCUAACGGCAAUAACUUCUGUGCACGAGUGUCCGGUGGUUAAAAUGCAAGCAAAAUUUUCCCGAUUUUCUCGAGAUAAGAAGAAACCUUCCAAAAUAAAAGCGCCGGACACAGGAAACCAGCAACGACGAUUGACUAGCGAAUUAAGUUAUUUCCAGAUUACCAGAGAUAAUCGAUUUAAAAAGCAAUAUCUGGAAGAUGAAAUUGCAUUGGCAAAAGAUAUCUUUUGGGCAGAAAGACGAAGAAUUCACCAGAGGGAGAGCAAUAAGGCGAUAAGAAUAGCGAAGAAAAAAAGUGAUCCUUUAAUUUACAUUCAAUCAAAAAAUUUAAAAAAUAUUGUCCUGUUCGAAUACAGUAUUAUAGACAAGAAAUAUUCACAAAAAUUCAAGACGUUUCCACGAUGGUAUCAAGAUUUUUCCCCGGAUCAAAUGAAGAAUUUGAUGAAACUGGAAAAUGUAAUGCGCACCGAUUACGAAUUGACAAAGACAUAUGGCACACAAACGAUACUGAUAUCUAUUGGCGUCAUUUCAACAUUCUUCAAAUUAAAGCCGAAUACUAUAAAAGCAUUGCACAGAUCGUGCAACUUGAAUAGUGUCAAUUUCCUGCGAGAGACUUACAGAAUCUUAACGGGAAAAGAUUUCUACAAAGAGGGAUAUAAAAAAGUUUAUGAUUGCAACGAGAGGAUAAUAUUAUCAGCCAUUGCAUUUUUAACACUGCCAGAAACGGUGAAAGAAUUGCAUAAAAGAUUGCCAGCAGUGACUAUGCCAAAAUUGCCACCGAAACCAAAACUAAUAACAUGUGUUACCAGGAGAAAAAAUAUCUGCCCUUACAAGGAAGAAUUAUUUACAUGUCCUGAUUGGGCUGGUUAUCAAAAUGCUUUGCAAAAAUGGCGAAAACGUUGUAAACUAAUUGCAAUUCCAAAAAUAAUCUUACCAUUGAACACAUAUGACCAAUUUUUUAUUAACGACAGAUCAGAAAUUAAAAAAAGGGAGACAGAUAUUUCCAUUGAACAUCAUAGAGAAAUCAGUAUGAAGGAACUGCAGAAAGUUUCUUUAACUAUGUUAGAUCGAGAAGAUUCUUCAAAAGAGAGGAACUUGGAAAUGAAUAAAUCAGCAACUUCCAACAUUUUUCGAUCAGACAAUGGCAAAACAUUUGAUUUUAUUGGGAAUCUUAGUGAAAAGGAAAUUAUAAAACGUAAAAUUAUGAAAAUUGACGUAACUAUUAAAAAAAUGUUAGGCCUUCCAAAACCGCCAGGAGCGAAUCAAAAAUCCUGGUUGGGAAAGAAGAACCCUCAUUACGUGAUAUCCGGAGUGUCCACCAUGCAUUCUAAGAGUCCUGUAAUUUACGAGAUCACGGAAGUGGCUGAUGUAACACCUAGCAAUAGCGACGAAAAAUUCUUCGCAGUACUGAAACUCAAUGAUAAGAUGAAAAAGGUUUUUCCCAGUGGCAGAGAAAAUCUGUCAAUUAAUUGGCAAGAGUGGCUACAAAACGCUGAUGAAGACUACAGACAGUUAGAGGAAAAAGCUGAUGAGUUAAUUAAGAUCGUGCAGACAACAAUAAAAUCGGCAUUUCCUGGACCCGUUUGCGAUAGUUGCUGCUCGUGUCGACAGACCAGAAAGUUUGAUGAAAAAUUGCAACAAAGCAAGAUCGAUAAUAUAUUAAUCAACGUAGCGCAGGAAAAAGAGGAAAAUACAAAUGUCGGCGGUCCGAUGGCGAUGCAAUCCUUGGAGCAGAAUCCAACAGGAUCACCAAUUAACGAGGUUGCUCCGGAGGAUGAGAUUAAAACAAAUAUUAUCAGUGAUGUUGUCAGAGAUGCUGGGCAAAUUCAAUAUUACAUAUCGGGUAUUCAGAGAGACAAAGUACAUGUACCGCGAAAGCUCGAAUCUUCUGUUCCUCAGCUCAAGAAUGUUCCACCUUGUGCGUGUGCCAUUCAACAAAUGGCUGAUAAGGAUAUAAGUCAAAUUGCGAGCAAAGAAGACAUUCCUUGGCCUAAGGAAGAAGAAUUAUGUCCUGGAAAGAAGUACAGGCUCGAUCAGUCAGAUGCAUAUUUUUGCAAGUCGUAUCCUGGAGAUAAAUUCUGCAGGCAUAAUCCUUUCAUGAAGGAAAUAAUGAAGAUGAAAAGAGAAAAAGUAGAAAAACAAGAAGAAGAAGAGGAAGUAAAAGAAAAGACAAAAUUUGUUGAAGCGAUUAAGAAAGAGCCUCAAGUUCCUGAAACGGACGUUAUGGAGAGAAAGAGGGAUAAGUUCAUACCUGAUCCUUAUCCUGCGUAUGACUAUCCUUGGAACAUAUCGCGAACUGCGCCCUCGGCAAAAAUAAUAACAGACUACGAAGCAUCUUUGAAAAUGACAUCACCAAUAUGGGCCACAAAACGCAAUCAGCCAUCAAAAACACAAGAAACACAAAAUGAUAUCUCUUCCUUGAAGGAACUUAAGAAAAUAAAAAAUAAUACUACAAGUCAGGAAAUUAAUAAAGAAAUCUUAAGUUCAUCAAAGAAAAUUAAAAAAAAAAGUCAGAAAAGUAAUGAAAAAAAAGAGAUAAGAGAUAUGAAGGAAAAGAAAAAAGAACCGAUAUCAUUAAAAGAAAUUACAAUUAACAAAAGAGAUACAAAAUCGUUGAAUACAAUUUUUGAAUCUUCGACAAUAUUUAAAACGGAAAAGAAGCAACAAAUAAAGUCACCUAAUAAUCCAGUACAUAAUAAUUCAACUAAACAAUUUAACAAAUUUAAUAAGACUAAACGUAGAAUUUUCACAAAGAAGAAUAAAAUGAAAGAUGCAAUAAACGAAACUGAGGAGAUUGAAAAUCGCAAGCGAGAAAUGGCGAGGUUAAAGAAUAUGUUUAAGUCUAAUGGACUUUUAGGUGACAUUAAACCAGUAGUUCUUCCAGAAGAGUUGGCAGCAAUUAGUCGCUAUAAUACUUCAGAAGAGAAAACUGAAGAAAUAGUUGAUGCUUUAGCUGACGAAGAAAAGAGUCGUAAAAUCUCAAAAGAACCUUGCGGAUGGAGAACAAAAUCGGAGCAGGAACUUCCGGCGAAAAAGACUCUGGUUUAUCUCUGCGAGCCGGAUUAUCCUCUGGAGACGAUGGCUGUUGAUCCUGGAGGACGACUAUGUCAAUGUAGAGAGAACAGAAAUAAGAAAAAAAUUCUUAUGUAUAAUGUAGGUGGUCUGGAGAAGAUAAACGAGAGACGAACUAGGAAAUUGGAAGAAAAGAAUAGGAUUAUUGACGGUGUUCUUUACGUCACGCCACCCAUUAGUCCCCGAAGAAGCGACGAAUACAUUCCAGAAUAUGAUAUUCUCAAAUCACCAUACGAUACAUGUGUUAGCGAAUCUGCAGAUAAAAUAUCGAAGCUGAUAGAAAAAUAUUCCGGACCCAAAAGUUUGGUAGAGAAAAUACGAAAAAAGCCGAAAUCGUGCAAUUGUAAUAACGUCGUCACAAAAGAAGUCCGCGAUCAAAAGAAAGAGCUUGAAGAGAUUCGAAAGAAAUUAAUGGAGUCUAAAUCGCCGGAGGAAAGAUGGAAGAUAGCUUUAAAAGAUAAAGCAUUGAUGGAUUAUUUUACGCAGCGUGACGAUAACGCUCCUUGCUGGACGUCCUGCAAGAAAAUUGGUCGAAGUCCAAAACCUCGAAGAUUGAAGGUAGUAAAGCCUGUAUGUGAAUGUAAAUAUGAGAGAAAGAUUGUGGAACGAAAUGAAGAAAGAACUAAAUGGAAGGAACGUCAACAAAAACUGAAGGCUUUGAAAAAGCAAUCUUUCAUGCAUAUUGUCGAUAUCUCGAAACCGAUGAUAGAGGAGAAGAGUUUCAUUAUAUCGGACGUUAAGAGAGUGUCGCGGGAAGAUAUGGAAGACGAGAUCAAAUACUGUAUAGCAGGUGUGGCAGAAGAUGUGUCUAUGUCGUCACCUCAGCAGAUAGUAGAUGGCCUGCAAAUGGCCACGCCGUUCCAAACACCCUCAUCUAGCAAGGAAGAUAUUUUACAAAUUGCUGCUCCGCAUCGACAUUGGUCGCCAAUGAUUAUUCCACCGGGCCCGUUGCCUAAGAAGGAUGCCGCCUUAAAAGAAGAAAUGGAGCGUAGAAAGAAAGCUAGAGACGAAGCAUUUAAGCUAAUUUAUGGAGAUAAGAACGAGGAAAAUGCAUCUUAUUUGACAAUUUGCAAUGACCGAGAAGCAUUCGACGAGCAGAAAUUGAUGAAGAAAGUUGAGAUGGAAAAAGAUGAUACAAAAAAAAGUCAUGCAAGUAUAAAGGUGGAAACAAAAUUGAUGCUGAGAUUACAAACAUUGAACAAGAAACCCAGUAGCAAAAUAAGACAUCAAGGAAAUGCAUCAAAUAAAGAAAUUGUUGGUAAAGUAAUUCGUGAUAAGAAUAAAUAUUCCAAAGAAGCUGUUGGCGAGAUAGGCCAUCAACAAAAUAUGUCAUACAGACAAUUGAUCGAUAAGUCAGGAGAGAAGAUUGAUGAGAGAAGUCAUCGGAUAAAUGGCGGUGGUGAUAAGAAAUAUAUAAACAACAAAUCUGAUCUUCUAAAGAUUGUGAAGACCGAAUUAAAGAAAAUGGCUGCUGAAGGUUUUACAUUCGCCAAGUUACCGAAAUGUUAUUUAAUGCCACAGCUUCAAAAUUGGAUCAUGUUCAGGGAAGGUGUUGUUUUCACGGAAACUGACAAAAGAAAGUUGAUGCACGCAACUAAAGCGACUUGGAAUUUAAUGGAUACACAAAUAUCAAUCGAGAUCAAAAAACCAUCACUGCAUAUGACAAAAUUUCAACUGAGAAGGUUGACUUAUGAUCAAGUCAAGAGGAUGAAGAAAAAGAUUAAAAAGAUCAAGGCGAUAUUCCACAGCAAAAUACGUAAAAGACGCGUCUCUUACGGUCGUACGAUGUGGAUUACAAUGGAACAUGGAAAAUUUCCGUCCGCAUCAUUCAAAAGAACUUUCUUCACAUAUAUGCCUAGCAAAGAAGCUGAUGGACACGUUUAUAAACCAUGGAUGAGUUCCGAAAUACACAAUUGAGAUCCUAAUAUUUGUUGCUGGUAAUUGUUGCUUAAUUUACAUAGCUGUUCACAUAAUUCAAUUAAGUAUAAUUAAAAACA